ACAUUUUUAAAAAAAAACAAAACCAACCCUCUGUACAACACUUUACCAGUAAACACAAAAAAUGUCUGCUGAAUGGGAACGUAUCCAAAUGAGAGCCUUCACCAAGUGGGUCAACUCUCAUCUCCGUAAGAGAAGCAUCCAAGUCGAAGAUAUCAUUGAAGAAUUCGAAACAGGUGUCCCAUUGAUUCACUUGUAUGAAGUCAUUUCUGAUGAAACCUUGGGUCAAUUCUAUGCUAAUCCACGUAUGAAGUUCCACAAGAUUGCCAACUUGAAUUUGGUUGUUGAUAAAGUCAACAGUUUCAUUGGAAGUGUUGGUAUUCGUUUGCAAUUCUCUGCUGAACAAAUUGUCAAUAAGGAAAAGACACAAAUCUUGGGUAUGAUUUGGUGUUUGAUUCACAAGUUUGAAAUUCAAGACAUUUCUGAAGAUGAACUUUCUGCCAGAGAAGGUUUAUUGUUGUGGUGUAAGAAAAAGACCAAGGGUUACAACAAUGUCAAUGUUAAAGAUUUCAAGGGAUCAUGGCAAGAUGGUUUGGCUUUCUGUGCCUUGAUUCACAAACACAGACCUGAUUUGUUAGAUUUUGACUCUUUGGAUCCAACCAAUGCUAGGGAAAAUCUCCAACUUGCCUUUGAUGUUGCUGAAAAGCAUUUGGAUAUUCCACAAUUGUUAGAUGCUGAUGACAUGAUCAAGUUUACUCCUGAUGAUAAGUCAGUCAUGACCUAUGUUGCUUAUUAUUGGAAACGUUUCGCUUCCAGUAAUAGAAAUGAAAAGGCUGGUCGUAAAUUGGCUAAGGUUGCUCAACGUGAACAAGAAUUGAACAACAUGAAGAAUGAUUAUGAAAAGCGUGCUCAAGCUUUGGUUGACUGGAUUGAUACCAACACUGACUCACUUUCUGAUCCAACUUUCGAACACUUUGGUGAUUCAUUGGCCAAAGCUGAAGAUAAGAAGGAAGAAUUCAGAAAGUUCAAGGAUCAAGAAAAGCCAAAUCAAUCAUCAGAAAAGAACGAUUUGGAAUUGUUAUUGUCCAACAUUCGUACCAAGCAAAAGAACGAAGGUUUACCAAUCUACAAUCCACCAACUGAUUUGUCAACUGCCACCAUCAAUGACAAGUGGGACGGUUUGAACAAGAAGCAAGAUACUUAUGAUAAGGCCUUGAGAGAACAUAUCACUUUGAUGAAGAAGUUGGAAAUCUUAUUGUCUCGUUUCAGAGUUCGUGCCAAGAAGAUUUCUGAAUGGCAAGAUGGUAAGAAUAAGGGUUACUUCAAGGAAGAUUUGAACAAGUUAGAUACUGUCUCAGCAUUGCAAGCCAAGAUUAACAUUCACGAAACCUUUGAAGAUGAAUUGGCUGGUGUUAACAAGUCAUUGAAUGAAACCAAUGCUAUUGGUGAUAAGAUUGUUGAAGGUAGACAUGAAGCUGCUCCAGAAGUCAAGUCAACUAUGGAUAAGUUGAAGAAUGGUCAAGAUGAUGUCAAGCAAAAGUCUGAUGAUAAGAAACAAGAAUUAGACGACAGAUUGAAGAACUUGGAAGCAUUGUUGGGCAAGUGUUUGGAUUUGGCUAAGAAAUCUGAAGGUUUGGCCAUGUUCUUGGAUGAUAUUUCCCUUGCUUUGCUCGAACCAAUCACUGCUUCAAGUGUUAAGGAUGUUGACGUCUUUGUUGACAUUUUGGGUGACGUUGAAAAUCGUCAUGCUGAACAAGCUCCAUUGUUGGAUGCUAUCAAUCAAUUGGUUGAUGAAAUUAAGAAUGCUGGUGGUGAUCCAAACUUAUACUCUGCUGUUAAUAACAAUGAUUUGGACAACCAAUUCAAGGAAGCUGGUAACCUCAUUUCUGACAGAAAGAAGAAUUUGGAAGAAGAAAAGAGAAGAUUGUCAGGUAACGAAGAAUUGUUGGCUCAAUUCGCUCAAUUGUGUGACAAGUACACUGAAUUUGCUGUUGAACAAAAGGACGGUUUGAACACUAUCAGACAAAACACUGAAAAUCUCGAAGAACAAUUGCAAAAGGUUAAGGAACAAGCUGCUGUUAUCAGAGCUGAAUCUGAAAAGCAAUACGAAUCCUUGAUCUCUGUCUUGAAGGAUUUGGAAGCUCGUGAAAUUCUCGAAUUGUCAAAGGUUACUGAAUCUGAAAUCAAGUCAGUUCGUGACAAUUUGGAAAAGUUCGUCGACAAGUCAAUCUACGAAAUUGAAUCCACUCUCCUCACUGAUAAGAACGAAGGUUUGACUGAAGAACAAAUUAAGGACUUUAGAGAAACCUUCAAGUACUUUGAUAAGGACAAAGAUGGCAAGUUGUCAAAGCAAGAUUUCAAGGCCUGUGUCUGUUCAUUGGGUGAAGAUAUUGAUGAUAAGGAAGUCGAAAAGGUCUUUGCUGUCGUUGAUACUGAUAAGGAUGGUUUCGUUGAAUUCAAUGAAUUCUUGGGUUACAUGAGAAGAAUUGGUUCUGAAGGUUCUGGUUAUGAGGACGUUAUGGAAUCAUUCAAGCAAUUGGCAGGUGAAAAGGACUUUAUCACAGAAGCUCAAUUGAGAUCUGUUAUGGAACCAGCUGAAGCUGAUUUCUUGUUGCAACAAAUGCCAAAGAAGGGUGACGGUUAUGACUAUGUUGCCUACUGUAACAAUACUUUCAAUAAGUAAUUGAUACACCAACCUUAACUACUAGUUCAAAAAAUAAAAAAAUCAAACUUUUC